AACUGGGUGGCAUGUUGCAAGACAAAUAAUCAUUCCUGUUUGGCAGCUUCACCUGUUGGGUUGUAGGAACUGACCAACCGGAGUCCCCAAGUCACGCCAAGAUACAGUGGCAGGAGGUAGCUGCCUCGCUGAAGGGAGAGCAUGCUGGCCAUCAGGGAACAAGGUCAGCCUUGCACUUGGGCCUCCUCUGACCAGUGCUGACCGGGAUUUCCUGACCUACUGGCUCUUUCAAGGACCCCUCCUGCUGCCUUGAGUUGCAGAUCUCAGCUCCAGGCUGUAAGAAAAUUGGGAGGAUUACCAAAGCGGCAUGGAUCCAGACAGUGACCAACCCCUGAACACCCACGAUAUUGCUGCCUUUCACAAACCCCGCAGCCCCCAGGAGAUCUUCAAGAAGGUGGGGAUCCCCAUCAUUGCAGUGCUGCUGAGCCUGGCAGCCAUCGCGACUAUAGGCAUCCUCAUCAAAGUGGUUCUGGACAGAUACUAUUUCAUCUGUGGAAGUCCUCUGGCCUUCAUUCCGAGGGAGCAGGUGUGUGAUGGCCACCUUGACUGUGCCUUGGGGGAGGAUGAGGAACACUGUGUCAGGAACUUCCCCGAGAAGCCUGGAGUGACAGUCCGACUCUCCAAGGAUCGAUCAACCCUGCAGGUGCUCGAUGCAGCCACAGGAACCUGGGCCUCUGUCUGUUUUGACAACUUCACAGAAGCUCUGGCCAAGACAGCCUGCAGACAGAUGGGCUAUGACAGCCAACCCACUUUCAGAGCAGUGAAGAUUGGUCCAGACCAGAAUCUCACCGUAGUUCAAGUCACAGAAAACAACCAGACACUUCAGAUGCAAAACGGAAGUGGGUCCUGCCUCUCCCUGGUUUCCCUGAGCUGCCUCGAAUGUGGAAGAAGCCUGAAGACUCCGCGUGUGGUGGGCGGGGUGGAGGCUUCCGUGGAUUCUUGGCCGUGGCAGGUCAGCAUCCAGUAUGACAGGCAGCACACCUGUGGUGGGAGCAUCCUGGAUCCCCACUGGAUCCUCACAGCGGCCCACUGCUUCAGGAAGCACCUUGAUGUGUCCAACUGGAAGGUGAGGGCUGGCUCAGAGAAACUGGGCCACACUCCGUCCUUGCCUGUGGCCAAGAUCUUCGUCACCAAGCACAAUGCCCUGCACCCCAAAGAGAAGGACAUUGCCCUCAUCAAGCUGCAGGUGCCACUCACAUUCUCAGAUACUGUCAGGCCCAUAUGCCUGCCUUUCCCUGAUGAAGAGCUCACCCCAGGCACACCACUUUGGGUCAUUGGAUGGGGUUUUACAGAGCAAAAUGGAGGGACAAUGUCUGACGUGCUGCUGCAGGCCUCAGUCCAGGUCAUUGACAGCACCCGGUGCAAUGCAGAGGAUGCCUACCAGGGGGAAGUCACUGCUGAGAUGGUGUGUGCGGGUACCCCACAAGGUGGCGUGGACGCCUGCCAGGGUGACAGUGGUGGGCCUUUGAUGUACCACUCUGGACAUUGGCAGGUAGUAGGCAUCGUGAGCUGGGGUUAUGGCUGUGGGAGCCCAACUACCCCUGGAGUGUACACCAAGGUCACUGCCUACCUCGACUGGAUCUACAAUGUGCGGAAGUCUGAGUUGUAACACUGCUGUCCACCACAUCGGAAAGCUGCUUCCCCUCAGACCUGCCCACUGCCUGACCCCUCAAAGUCGGACGCAGGACACGGGCCUCCUUAUACACAACUCUGGUGUUUCCUGCAGUAACCAAGGACCCAGACACACAAUGCAGAGGUGCCCAGAAGGAAUUCAGAUGUGAUAGCUCAGCCACCCAUGCUUCUCCCAUAACCCCAGGCAGACUUGAAGUCCACUGAGGGGAAGCCAGAUCAUUGACUCAAUUCUCAGAUGUGUUAUUCCGUCAAGGAGGCUCUCCCUUCCACUGAAGGGAUGGAAGUCAGCUCUCUCUUGAGAGCCCAUAUCACUAAGAGCCCAGUCAAGGAGAAAAAGGCCUAAGAGGUCUUUGUCUUCUUUGCCCAUUCCCAAAACCACUGCAGCAGGAAACCAUCAGUUCUGGUGGAAGAUGUAGUUGACUGUUGUCUGUUUUGUAACUGUUACCACAUACCAUCGUGCUCAUGGUCAUUAAACAGGUAUGAGAAAUCUUUGCCAUAGGCUUCCUGGAUGGCUUGAUAAGAAUCCGAUGAAGACUAUCACACCUUUUAGUCUUUGACCUGGUGUUGUGUGACUGUUCCCUGGAAAAUUCGACACAGAUAGAGCACCAAGAACAAACCAAAGAAAUUAUUUCAACCAAGUCUAGAUUGCUGAAUCAAUUAGUUUUGGGGCAUUGCUUGCAGGUUAAUGGGUAACUGCAUCACCAAAAAGUCUACCCCUAGCAUAGAUGAUAAUACAUGAAGGAGAUAUCAUUGAAGAUCUCUGCCCAACAUUCAGACUGAUACACUGACAUCAUGUCCUGUGUAUCCACCUUUCCUGGAAAUUGGUGACUGCUUAUAUAUACUUGGAAAGGGCCUCAUGAUUUUUAUGACUCUCUGGGAUUCUUGUACCUUGUAGGUUUAAUAAACUACACUUUUCUUUGGCUUUCUA